GACAAGAUGAGUCGGGGUGAGAUUUCAUUACCUUUUGGUGGUCGAAACUCAUCGUGCAAGAAGCACCAGACAUCUUUAUCUGAGCGUCAGAUGAGAAUGAUCUGUAGACUAGAGGAGGUUGGAACUGAGUUUUUAAAGACGAGCUCUUCUCUUCCUGUAGGAUUCACAGGAUCGGGACGGAAACCUGUAAACACAGGAACUCCUGGUCCUUCUCUUAACAGAACUAUGGAGGAAAGGCUUCGAAGGUACCAUGAGAGCCGAGAGUGUCAGAAGAUUUUGAGCUUUCGUGAGACUCUUCCGGUGGCCAGCUACAAAGCUGAGAUAUAUAAACAUGUUUCUGAAAACCAGGUUUUUGUUCUAUCUGGAGAGACUGGGUGUGGGAAAACUACUCAAAUUACUCAAUUCAUCUUAGACCAUGCCAUUCAAGGUUCCAUUCUCUACUGUACUGCCGGGAUACUCCUCCAGCGUUUACAAUCAGACAGAAACCUUCUCCAGUUCUCCCAUAUAAUACUGGACGAGGUUCAUGAGAGAGAUGUUAUGACGGAUAUUAUUCUUGUUCUUCUCAAGGAGGUUCUAGUGUCCAGACCUGAUGUAAAGGUUAUUCUGAUGUCUGCAACUUUAAAUGGUUCCCAGUUCUCCAAGUUCUACCAGGAGUGUCCUGUUCUCCAUAUACCUGGUUUCAUGCAUCCUGUACAGUCCUAUUAUAUCAAGGAGGUGUUGGAGAUUAUAGAGAAUAAACCUAUAGCUGAACCUGAUCAUGAUGAUGAGGACUACCAAAGGUUCCUUGAGACCCUGGAGCAGGUUCAAGGAGGAGAGUACAAGGAACUAGAGAAUAUUGAAACCUACCAGAUCAAUAUAAUUGCAGCUCUAGUACAGAAGAUUCACAGUGGGGAAGAGGAUGGAGCUAUUCUAAUAUUUCUACCAGGCUGGGAGGAUAUUUGUAGACUUAGUAGACUUCUGGAUGAUCUUUCACUAUCUGAAGUGUCAAUCCUACAGCUGCAUGGUUCUAUGUCUCAUGACGACCAAAGACUGAUAUUCCAGAAGACCGGCAGGGCCAGGAAAAUUGUAAUCGGAACCAACAUUGCUGAGAGUUCUGUCACCAUUGAUGAUGUCGUCUUCGUCAUAGACUGCGGCAGAGCAAAGAUGAAAAUGUUUGAUCCGAAGAAAAAUGUUGCAACUCUGAAGCCAGAAUGGAUCAGCAAAGCCAAUGCGACCCAGAGAAAGGGUAGAGCAGGAAGACUCCGUCCUGGCAAGGUUUACAAGAUAUUCUCUCAAGCUCGGGAAUCAACCUUCAGGGAGUACAUGCUUCCUGAAGUACUCAGGACAAGGCUGGAGAAUGUAAUCCUGAAGAUCAAGAUACUGGGGUAUACGGUGGUGGAUGGGUUCAUGAGGCAGCUGAUGGAUCCUCCAGUCAGGGAGGCCAUUGAGUUAGCAACUCAGACACUCCUGGAUAUUGGAGCUAUCAACUCUAAAGGUGAGUUGACCGUUCUGGGCGGCAUACUAGCUAACCUAGCCACUGAUCCGCAGUUGGGUAAGAUGAUGAUCCUCUCCUGUGCAUUCUCCUGUCUUGAUCCUAUACUCACGAUAGUGUCAGCGCUGGAAUACAAAUCACCCUUUCAUCUCACAAAGGCCCGAGAGUCCGCUAAAGCUAUACAAAACCUGUCUGCUGAUACUAUGUCUGACCAUCUAGCUGUUGCAAAUGCAUAUGCAGGUUGGUGUUGUGCAAGGAUGAAUCGUAAGACUGCUGGUUGUGAAUAUCAAGCUUUGGAUUUCUGCAGAGAAAAUUGUAUUUCACAGGGAGUUCUGUACAACAUUGAGAAGAUGAAAGCCCAGUACGCCUUGGAACUAUUUAAACUUGGACUAAUCUCAUCCAAAGAUAUCUUGAGCCCCCAGAGUAAUGCCUAUAGUGGAGUAGAAAGUGUAGUACGAGCGGUUCUAACCGCUUCUCUUGUUCCGAACAUAGCAAUCAUCAAGAGUGCUGAUGGAGUCCAUUCUCUGCAAAAUAUCAAGGGAGAAUCCUUGGAGUUCCAUUCAAGGAGUGUGAACCGUGAUAUUCUCUCUAAGCUGGAGUCUUCAAUGAGGUUCAACUAUAUUCCACGGUUCUACGCGUACUUUGAGGAGAUGCACACAUCCUGCACAUUCCUCAAUGAUACAACCUCGGUCAACAUACUAUCCCUCGUUCUCUUGGCCUCUAAUAUCCAAAUUCAGCCUCAUGGGUAAUAUUUUCUAAAAGUC